AUGCCGUCAGUAACCUCUGAGGGACCCACGGUCACCCUCUCUUUCGCCAACAACUUCUGGGGCAAAGAAGAUGCCGGAGUCCCACCCAUGCUCGAGCGCAUGCAUGCCGCCAAGCAGACCUGCGACGAGCUGCGAUCGUUCUAUGCCACACGCGCCUCCAUCGAGGAUGAAUAUGCCCGCAAGCUGCUGUCCCUCUGCCGGAAGUCGCUCGGCUCCCAGGAGAUGGGCAGUCUGAAGACCUCGCUGGAUACUGUCCGCGGCGAGGUCGAGUGCAUGGCAAAGCAGCACCAGAACAAUGCAGCCCAGAUGAGGUCAGAACUGGAAGAGCCGCUGGCUGCCUUUGCGGGCGGCAUGAAAGAGAGGCGGAAGAUUGUCCAAAACACAAUCGAGAAGCUGCUCAAGGUGAAGCAGCAACAGACCGCGCUGGUCAACAAGACAAGAGACCGGUACGAGCAGGAGUGCCUCAAGAUCAAGGGCUACCUCGCCCAGGGCCACAUGGUCAUGGGCCAAGAGGAGCGUAAGAACAAGGCCAAGCUCGAGAAGACACAGAUCAGCCUGGCAACGUCGAAUUCCGAGUAUGAGGCCGCAGUCAAGGCCUUGGAAGAGACCACCGUGCGGUGGAACCGGGAGUGGAAGGCAGCAGCCGACAAGUUCCAAGACCUUGAGGAGGAACGCCUCGACUUUACCAAGAGCAGUCUCUGGACCUUCGCCAACAUCGCCUCGACCGUCUGUGUUAGCGACGACGCUUCGUGCGAGAAGGUGCGGCUGUCCUUGGAGAAGAUGGAAGUCGAGAAGGACAUCAUUACCUUCAUCCGAGAGAAGGGAACUGGACAAGAGAUCCCAGACCCACCAAAGUACAUCAACUUCUGCCGUGGAGACGUCGAGACCCCGGUCGAGGAGGAGGACGACGAAGCAUACUCGGUUGCCCAGUUCCCUCGCAGUAUCAACCCGGCCUUCCGUUCAUCAUCGCCGCAACCGUCCACCUACGAAUCCCAUCAUGACCCAACCUCCGCCUUGGCAAAAGAGCUGGGCCAUGACUUUGGGGCACCGAGCAGCCGAGAGCGCACAAUAACACCACAGAGGCUUCCGCCGCAAGGCAGCGAGCCUCGGAGUAGCAGGGAUUUGCCUCGGGACCUGCAGAGGCCCACGCCCCCAGAGGUCAGUGCCCACUCGGCGCGAAUGCAAAACACGUCUCGUGAUGGCCAUGAUUUGCAGAAACCUAACGAAGCACAGUUUGAUCCCAAUGAGUUUGCACCCGUGCCUCAUGAUCCAUACCCAAUGGACGGUAUGACUAUGCUCUGCCGCACUACUGGGAACCCGAACGGCUCAGAUCUAGGCUCGCAACUUAGUAGUGGAACGUCAGGCUCUGAGCGGCCAACGAGCAGAGAUGAGCAUAGUGACUAUUCAGCCCCGACGUCCUACUCGAGUCGAGACCCAAUGAGCGGCAAGACGUCUCCAGUCAAGCAAGACGCCGUGAUCCCACCUGCGUCACCAGCCUCGGGAGGAGACAGGAAGGUGAGGCAGAAGAGAAGUGGGUUCUUCCAAAAUCACAGUCCCUUCAGCAGACGGAAGAGCACCCGGGACGCUCGAGAGGUUCCAUCAAACAACAGGAACACUUGGCACCCUGGCAACAGCGCGAGGAACUCUGAUCGCGACAUCCCACAGAACCUCUUGCCGGAUAGAUCAGUCGCCAGCCCCGAUCCGAUAGACGCCAAUGCUGAUGUAGCCAUCAACAUCGGGGAGAAUGUGCUGCCCGUGAAGCUGCCGGGCAGACAAAAGCCCGCACCCGAGCCUGAGGCGCAGGACGAUGACCCGAUCGCACAAGCCCUGGCAGAGCUCAAGGGGGUGACCCUGGGCAAGCAAUCUUCCAUUCGCAUGUCUGCGGACCACUACCACGGAAUUGCCACCCCUGCCCCAGGGUCGCAGCCGUUCUCACGAUCAGUGCCACCGCUCAGCAACAACAGUGCGGCCGCGUCCGGUAUGAGAGGGACGCCUCCUCCAUCCUAUGACCAGCCCAUUCACAGACUGGGCGUUCCAUCGCCGGCGGUCACCUCCAAGGCAAUGAAGCAGACCUCACAGAAAUACACGCAACAGACGCGCAGUCUCUUCUCAGGAGACAGACCCGGAUCAGGUGGCUACAGAUCACCUUCCCGGCCACCGACGCGAGGUAGCGACAUGCCACGAGCUGCAUCUCCCGCCCCGCCUCGGAGCGCCUCUCCGCUGCCGGGCAUGAACAACAGGUCGACAUCACCCAACCCGUAUGCAGGAAGCCAGCGUGGCAGCAUGGAUUCGCGUCAGGGAUCUGCUCAAAUGGACGCUAGGAACUCGGCCCAAGGCUUUUACCGCCAGAAUACGCCCAACGACAUGCCUCGCGCAGCCUCACCGCUCCCGUUCCGUGGAACUGCUGACUACGGCCGACCUGCUAGUAGGGCUGGCAGCACCUAUGGUGCGUAUCCGGGCGGUGAAAUGCCUAGGGGGCUGUCACCGGCGCCUACCGAUGACUCGUAUGGCGGGUCGACGAGGGGACGUGGCGGGCGACCAGGAACAAGCCAAGGGAACAGGGCUAUGGGUCUUUACGAGCCGCCGGGAGCGAUGGCCCCUGCAUCUAGGCAGCGCAGCAAGAGCGUUGCCGACGGAGGCAGGCAGUAUACACAGGACGGCAGACUGAUUCUGCAUUUCGCACGCGCCAUGUACAUGUAUCAAGCUGCCAUCCCCGAGGAGCUCGGAUUCAACAAGGGGGACAUACUUGCCGUCCUCCGCCACCAGGACGAUGGGUGGUGGGAGGCCGAAGUACACGGCGCCAACGGCCAGCCCGGGCUGGUCCCGAGCAACUACCUGCAAGCGAUUUAG